UCCUCCUUGCGGUUCAGGGGCGGGGGACAGAGGACGCACAGAAGGGAGUAGCUUUGUUAAGCAAUGUAAUCUAAUAUCGACACACCGGUCACUCUUGCAGGAAAAUGUGCACUGCAGGAGUACGGUCAUUUUACUGAAAAUAAUUAUCUGGUUUGGUAUCUGGAAAGUGGAAGCAAAAUAUGUUCAUUCAGGAAACGAGCAUGGUGCUCACUUGAACUUCGGGUCUUCUGCUGCGUCGCUUGCUCAACUGACAGUCCAGCUGCAGGAAUACUCGGUCCGGAUAAAGGAUAACCUUACUCAGAAAAAAACGGAUGCUGAGCAAAUUGUCUUACUGUCGGUAGUUUCUGAACUUUUUCAUCCGGGACUUUUUGUGGUAUUGAAGCGCCGCUAUUCGCACACUGACGUAGGAUUACAUUCGCAAGAACCACUUCACGAUUUACUGCAGCAGAAAAUUACGAACGAAAAUAACUGAAUGUUUUUUCUCAGAACAAUGCACAACUCAGUAGUGCUGUUGCUUUUGAUUCUAGGUUGGAGUGAAGGCUCCACGCUGCUCUAUUUCGAGAGCAGGACCAACCCCUUGUCCUUGGAGAAGAACUUUGGACGGCAGCCCAAGGACAACCAGUGCUCCCACAUGCUGAAACAUCUCCACAAUGGGGCACGGAUCUCCGUGCAGAUGCCCCCUAACAUUGUGGGUCACUGGGUGUCCACCAGCUGUGAGGUGAGGCCUGGCCCAGAAUUCAUCACCAGGUCGUACCGGUUCUACCAGAACCAGACCUUCAAGGCCCACCAGUUCUAUUACGGGGACAACCACUGCACCACGCCCGCCUACACCCUGGUGAUCCGCGGCCGCCUGAAGCCACGACAGGCUUCCUGGAUCACGCGCGGGGGCACGGAGGCCGAGUACCAGGUCCACCGGAUCCAGCUGGCGUGCCACAGCGAGGCGGCGGCCAGGGACCUCGCCCCACGCCUCAGCCGCGCCUGCCGGGGGGCGGAGCCCUGGGCACCGGGCGUGGCCUACGACCUGCUGAGCGAGGAGGGCAGCUGCGACUGCUCGCGCGGGCUCAACUUCGCCAUGCACGAGCUGCAGCUGCUGCGCGUGGAGAAGCAGUACCUGCACCACAACCUGGACCACCUGGUGGAGGAGCUCUUCCUGGGGGACAUCCACACAGAGCCUGCGCAGAGGAUGUACUACCGGCCCUCCAGCUACCAGGCCGCCCUGCAGAACGCCAAGAACCAUGACCAGACUUGCAUCGCUUGCCGCAUCAUUUACCGGUCGGACGAGCACCACCCGCCCAUCCUCCCUCCCCGAGCAGAGCUGACCGUCGCCCUGCACGGCCAGUGGGUCAGCCAGCGCUGUGAGGUCCGUCCUGAGGUGCUCUUCCUCACCCGCCAUUUUGUCUUUCAUGACACCAACAACACCUGGGAAGGACACUACUUCCACUACUCUGACCCUGUCUGCAAGCACCCCACCUUCACCAUCUACGCCAGGGGGCGCUAUAGCCAUGGCCGUCACUCCACCCACGUCAUGGGCGGGACUGAAUUUGUCUUCAAAGUAAGCCACAUGCGUGUGAGGCCCAUGGACUUGGCCACCACCUCCCUACUGAAUGUCUUCAGUGGGGACGAGUGUGGGGUGGAGGGGUCCUGGCAGAUAGGCGUGGAGCAGGACGUCACGCUCACCCAGGGAUGUGUGGCCCUGGGUAUCCGGCUGCCCCACACCGAGUAUGAACUCUUCCGCAUGGAGCAGGAUGCCCACGGACGCUACCUCCUGUACAACGGGCAGAGGCCCAGCGAUGGCUCCAGUCCUGACCGGCCAGACAAGAGGGCCACGUCCUACCAGAUGCCCCUAGUCCAGUGUUCCACCAGCAGCCAGGGGUCGGAGGUCACUGACCAGCCCCUGCGGCUCAGGGGUGGCUGUGGACAGCUUCGCAGCAGCCUCUUGGGGGACAUGCUCUGCACUUUGCUGGUCACCCUAAUUUUCCUGCGUCCAGGCUGAGACAAGCAGCCCUUUGUUUUUUUUCCACAGCGUGGAGAUGGUACAGAGAGUACAGACAGAGGUCUCGGCCCUCAAAAUGGAGACUGUUUACAUGAUGCACUUGAGUGGCUUGAACGUUUGCUCUUUUUUAAUGCUGUGGGAGCAAGAGUCAAGAAUCAUAGGUCAAGGGUCAAGAGGGACAUGAACACUUUCUUUGGUGCCUGUCAUUUGAUCCUCAUCCAGUGGAGACUCAGAAUUGCUUUGCCACGGUAACAGCACUUUAGUAGACUAGUUCUAUGAAGAGUAUGUGUACAUCAUACAGGGACACAGGAAGUGGUUUUAUAUGCUGUACAUACCUAUAGAUGUUUAAAAGGGGUCUGUAAAGUAAGGUCACUGAUAUAUUCAUACACUGAAAAUAUUUUUCUACCAUGAAUGGUUGAGAUGAAUAAAGUAAAAGUGCUGCAUACAUCUUCGGAAAAGCUCUGAAAAUGUUUGAUGCUGAAUAAAAUGGAAUUUGUGAAUAGAAUGGAAUGCUGCAUAAAACGUGGCACUUCUAUCAAUGUCUUCAUUGAUUCAUAGCGAUAACAGCUGCAGACUUGUCGGAUUUCCUGCUCUGUAGAAUAGAUCAUUUGUCCUCAGAACCAGAUUUCAACAUCUAAAAAGUGAAGUGCAUUUUUCUCAACUUCCAACACAUUUCCUUUUUUUCAUUUAUGUGGUUACAUUUAAAUGGUAUUUCAUCCAUCUUUUAAAAAAUUAGAUAUUGAAGUUGAACAAGGGUUAGAAAUGGGGUUAAGGGUUAUAAUUAGGGUUAGGUUUAGGGCUAGGGUUGAGUUUAUGAAAACGAUAAGCAAUAAUGGUUGAGUUAGGAUGUAGGUUAUGUUUAGAAAGGGUCAGAGCAAGCCUUUACAGAGCGGACACAAAUCCAAAAAUGGACACAUUUCCUGUUGUGUGGAGCAUGUGUCAAUGUCAGAAAUUGCAGUUUUGUGUUGGACAAUGGACAUAAUUUAGUACACGGAGGUGUUCUGGUCCAGACACUUGGUAUACAUUACCAGACAUGGCCAUCCACAUCUCAGCACACGCCACAAAAUUUCAGUCCAUGAAUUCAUUGGGAAUGUCUGAGUCCAGAAAUCCUCAAUCAGAAACUGGGAGUAUGGAGAAGCGUAGAAAUGCAUGUGCUGACAUGGGUAAACUACCACUAAUGACCAAUACACCCAAUAUUUCAACUUCCAGAAACUCAUGCAGUGCAGAUUUUGGAUUAAAUUUUUUCACUUUUGGGAUGUAACCCAUAUGUAUAGUGCAGUAAAUUCUUCUGAAUAAAACAUUUCAAAAAUA